AUGGCAGAUAAGAACCAGCAGGUGUAUCCCCUAGCCCCGGCAACGGAGGUCGCAAGGAGCGAUGUAGAAUCGAGCUAUUUGCAAUCCAAGGAGCUUCAAAAGAAGAAAAGAUUGAAAUGCUUCGCCUAUAUUGCUUUGUUUGCUGUGUUUCAGACCGUGAUUAUCCUCGUAUUUGCCCUCACUGUUAUGCGCAUCAAAUCGCCUAAGGUCAGGUUAGGCGCUGUCACUAUUGACACUGUUGGUGACUCUGUAAGGAUAACAGCACAAGUGACGGUAAAGAAUACUAAUUUUGGUCACUACAAAUUUGAGAGCAGCAUGGGCACGAUCACAUCCGGGGGGGUGACUAUAGGGCAGUUUGUGAUCCCGGAGGGAAGGGCCAAGGCACGAUCGACGAAAAAAGUUUAUAUCAAUGCAGAAUUGCUUCCUUCAAACACUGGCAAUGGGGUUUUGGAGCUGAUAAGCCAAGCUAGAUUGAGUGGAAAAGUAGAGUUGAUGAAGGUGAUCAAGAAGAAGAAAUCUGCAGAUAUGAACUGUGUCAUGUCGCUUACUUCUUCAAGAACUGCAGUUGAGGGUUUGAACUGCAAAUGA